UCACGCACAUUGCUGGUUCCGGGUUUCGCGCUCCAUUGUGGCGGCUCGACCCAAGCCCGGCUGUACCGGACUAACGAUCUCGACGUGAGACCGGCCCGAAUGGCAAUCGGGAUGGGCCCGGCCCCGAAGAUCCCGGGUGUAAGUAGCCUCCAACUUACCAGAAACGGAUAGAGAGAUGGCUUCUGCUCUGCUCCUUCGACGCUUCUACUGCUGCAGCAGCAGCAGCAAUGGAGCUUCUGCUCUCGAUCCGACAAGGAAGAAGAAGCAACUCGUUUUCAUGGGCUCUCCUCAGGCAUUUCAUUCAUCUCCUAUCUCUCCCCUUCAUCAAUUUAUACACCAUUUCUCUGUAUAUAUCCUUCAAAUUUUUUUGCAGGUCUCAGCAUCAGUUCUAGACAUUCUAAUGAAUGCUUCUAAAGAGCCCAAUUCCAUGUUUCAGCUUGCAGCACUUGUUACACAGCCGCCUUCUGCAAGGAAUAGAGGGAGAAAGGUGAUGCCUUCGCCAGUUGCUCAACAUGCUCUAGACAGAGGUUUCCCGAGGGAUCUUAUUUUCACUCCAGAACGAGCGGGGGAGGAAACAUUCUUGACCGAUUUCAAGGCUCUAAAGCCAGAACUAUGUGUUACUGCAGCUUAUGGAAAUAUUCUGCCCAGUAAAUUUCUUGAGAUACCACAACAUGGCACAGUCAACAUACACCCUAGUUUGCUUCCUCUAUACCGUGGUGCUGCUCCUGUUCAAAGAGCACUGCAGGACGGUGUCAAAGAAACAGGAGUCUCACUUGUGUACACUGUUCGUGCAUUGGAUGCUGGACCAAUCAUCGAUAGUGAAAGUGUAGAAGUUGAUAAUCAUGUCAAAGCACCGGAGUUGCUUUCAAGGCUAUUUGAUCUUGGAUCGAAACUGCUGAUCCGUGAACUGCCCUCUAUUUUUGAUGGAUCUGCAAAGCUGAAGGCACAAGUUCAAGAUGAUUCUAAAGCUACUUUGGCUCCUAAGAUAAAAUCUGAGGAGUCAUGGCUAUCCUUUACUCAAGAGGCUUCUGUCUUACAUAACAAGGUUCGGGCAUUUGCAGGUUGGCCUGGAACUCGAGUCCAGCUUCAAGUCCUUGAUGGCAACGGUCAGGUUGAUGUCCUAGAGAUCAAAGUUAUCACCACAAGAGUUGGCAACUCUAGUAAUGUUUGCGAUAAUGAAGAUGACAUAACUUUCAGUGGGGGUGUCUUGGUAAUUCCAUGUGCUGGACGCUCAGCACUCGAGGUACUUGAAAUCCAGCUUCCUGGUAAGAAAGUGAUGAGUGCUCGUGAUUUUUGGAAUGGAUUACAAGGUCGGAAGCUGCAAAAGUUGCCAUAGAAGAAGCUUUCCUAUGUUCAUGCUUAUGGCAUGAAUUGUGGGUGGAGCUGAUGAGAGCCGAGGGCUGAGGCUGAAGGCCCAUUGGAGUGGAUGGUCAUUCUGGUAUUUUGUUCAUGCCCAUGCCUUUUACUUUUCAAUUGUUUGGUACUGUUAUCUGUUUUGGUACAUUGGGCUUUCUGUAAUCUAUGGCUGUAAGCCUUGCAAUGUUGGUUGAUUGCUUGCCUUUCUUCUCUACCUAUGUAUCUGAAUGGUGGGCCCCACAUGCUACACCCAGCCGCAUGUGCCAAUCUGGUAUCCAUGGGCUGUCCAAUCGUCGUCAGGUGUCAGCCAUCAUGUAGGUAACAUGGCCCAAAAAUCAGACCAGAUCGCUCGACUGGGUCAGGCCAUUGACCUAGUGGGAUCUACCAAAUGGAAGGCUAGCAAUCCUGACACAUUACAAGUGGUGCACACUUACAAUUGAAGAGUUUGUUGGAUCAUUUCAAAGUGCCAUUUACAAUGAUGCCCGUUUGUUUCUGCAUUUUUUUUCUUUCCAGUUAUAUUUGACUGAUUUGUAAAUACUUAUUGCUACCUUGAGUAUGAAAUGCUCAAAUGCUCUCAGAGCACUAUAAGUUA